UUUGGCCUCCUCACGUUGUCUCCCUCGUUUAAUGUGACCAAGCCCAUAUUAUCCAGCUACCGACCUCCUCGCUAGGUACUGUAUCAUGACAUCUCUCUCUGCCUAAGGAAACAAUAGUGAGACUACCUAGACCUCCCACUCUCCCACCCACCCGUCUUUGGUCUUCGUCUCUUCCAAACCUAAAAACCAAGAUCUGAAAACGUGGUCUCGUCGUUACCUGGCAAUAACCUUAAAAUCUUAUUGUUUUGGGCUGAAUCUCGGCUGACCUAUGCCUUGAUUGUGGCUUCAUCUCUUUCACCACAAACUGAUUGCAAACAAAACGCAAACGCCUACACCGUCUUCUGACUUUACUCACUCGACCCUGUUACAAAGAUCAAGAGUCUUUACUCUGUGCUUUUAUCUAUUCGCUGUCCUCCGUUGCCUUUCGUAAUCUGCGGCCACUAUCAGCUCCGCUUCCUCAGAAAGGCCCAGGCUACAACACCACAGCCACCACCAACUUUCAUCUCCAUUAUUACGACUUGCCUUUCUUCUAUAUUCACAGCCACUCCGGUUCGAUCUAUUGAUAAAUCAAUUGUAGAGGUCCUUCUCCACACUUUCUACUACUUCGGCCAGAUCUGAUCGACCUCGGCGUUGCAUCUUGGCUCAAGCUCCGCGUCUCAACUUGCGCCCGCAUCUGCAUCUCAACUUCAGCUCCCAUCUUCCUUUCUUGACUUCGGAACCGCGUCAUUCAACGUCACAAACUUGACUCUCCUAAGCCCCACGUUACCGUCAGCCGCGUUCACUCCUUCCUCCUUGUGAUUUGGUGUUUCCCUAAAUCAAGAGCCAAGCCAAGCUUACCCAUCAACUGGUUAGCCUCUCCGUCUUGGCGGCAGUUGCAUCUUGGCAAUACGCAUACCCUUGGGGAGGAACUACCAAGACACUUGACUGAAGCUCAGCUCCGUGCAAGCUCAAGCUUUCUUUCCUUUCUCAUCAACCAGAAAGCCCUUACAGAAGAAAUUCUUUUGACCUUGGCUUUUCAUCAUCAUACGUCCAUUUUAUCCCAUCAAGCUGCACCAUCGAUAAGCUUGAUUAUCGUUAGACCUUACACACAUUCGUUCCCAGAUAUACACGAUCAUUAUUGAACGUAUCGACCCGGCGCGAACGACAAGCUGAACUCGGUUUGCCACCAGAUCGCGUCUUCUGUGACGCAGUAUCGUAGGCAACAUGGCCACAACCGCAAUGAUUCAACCAAACCCGCCCAAGCGUUCCGACUCCGAUGUCUCCCCCAGAACAGUGAACCCUCCAAGGAACUCAGCCUCAGAAGACGCAAAGGUCGAUUACUUCCCAGAUUCCAACACAGUCGAUGGAUCCAAUACUAGUGUCCGGGCCAGCGACGGUGACGAUUCAUCUGCUCGGAAGUCAAGCAUCUCCUUCGCACCAGAUCCUCGACGUAGCUCAAGCUGUGAAAGCAACCAAAAUUCAGCACCAGGCCAGGACUCGACGAUUCAAAGGAAAUCAUCCACCGGCUCUGUCUCUUUUCGUAGAAUGACAAACCCUCAACUUCCCCAAGGAAAUCCUCAACAGAUGAACAACAGUCGCAUCCGUGCGAGCUCACCUAACCACUCAAGGUAUGUAGCAACUUUCUUCAUCUUUUCCCCCUCCCGUUGCACAAAUUUUUGCUGUGAUCGAAUACCAAUAUCCUCAACCCGAUACUGGAUUGCACUUGCAACCUUAUAUCGGCCUGACCAAACCUGACACACGGUACGACAAUAUGUAAACUGCCAAAAAACCUCCAUUCGGAUCGUCGUGGUGCAGACUGGAAUUUCUUGUUUUUGUUUUGGAAGAAUCGUUAUUUCACCAACGGAUUUCAUUCUGCGUAAUGCACACGAACAUCGGCGAAACUGGGUUCAAAUUGGUCCGGCUGGAAACCUAUGUGACGCCAUGCCAAGCAACAUGUCGCGUGGACUGUGUGUUACCAUCGAAAUCAAUAAUUCGGUCCACAUGGGUCAACCAUUUCCAUCCAGGUCGGAUACGAGCAUUGCGGUAGCGGCAUCGACUGUUUGAACACCCACUCGUAAAGACAACUCAACGCAGAGGCGUAUUGAUGGAACCUGCCCGGGCUUUAGGUGGAACUGGGUCGCUUGGCUGGACCAUUCCUCACAAUAACCUUUCGACUCCACCACUGGCCUUCCCACUAUCAAUUAUGGUUACCCCGCCGUUUGCGACAAAGCUUCCAGUAGACGUGGGGAAAUGGUCUUCGCCUCUGGCUACCUGCUCGCUUGGUCUGGAUCGUCAGGCCAUCAUCCUUCAUCACAGCCACUGACAAGUCGUCAGCCCCCAAAUUCCCGCAGAACCUUCCUCUUGCCGUCGACACAGUCGUCACUGACAAUUCUUAACCUUCAUCCCCAUUAUCACUUCCCCGCGCAUCCUAUAAUUACCUCUCAAAACUAUCGUUAUUGUUCUCAGUCUCUAUUUUGUGGCAUUUUCACGACAAUGGCGACGCUAACCGAGACCCCGCCCGAUAGGUUCAAGAAGCAUGUCGCAUUUGACAAUGUUACAACCGGCGAACCGACCAAGAAUAAUGCCAUCUCAUUUACGCUCAAUGUUCGACAUAAGGGUUACCAGGCUAGGCGCAGAUCGCGGUGUUUCAUGGUUGGGGUUGACGAGCAUACCUACUCCGAUUAUGCGUUGCAGUGGCUGCUUGACGAACUGGUCGAUGAUGGCGACGAAGUUGUUUGCGUGCGAGUAGUCGAAAAAGAACUGCGACUUACGGACAAGCAGUACAGGGACGAUGCAGACUCGGUUAUGAAGGGGAUCGUUGCUCGGAAUGGUAAUAACAGAGCCAUCAACAUUGUCCUUGAAUAUGCCGUGGGCAAGUUACACACGACUUUUCAAGUCCUAAUCCAAAUGUACCAGCCUGCAAUGCUCAUUGUCGGAACUAGAGGACGCACCCUCGGUGGUCUUCAAGGCCUGGUCAACACCCGCAACUCGUUUUCCAAAUACUGUCUCCAAUAUUCACCUGUCCCUGUGGUUGUGGUUCGGCCUACCGAGAAGCGCAUCAAAAAGAAGGCCAAACGUGCCAAUGAUUCUGCCCGACAGACCUACGUGAGCAUGUUGGCCGCAAACGCCGGAAAGCAUGAGGCCGAUAGUGAGGCAAGUAGCAUUUAUGAGCUUGAGGUCCACAACUCGCCCGAUGAAGAAGCGCACCAAGUCGCACGCGCUUUAGGACUACCCGCAUCUUUCGAUCCUACGAUUAAGCCCCUCAACCAUAGCCAGAUACCGAAUCGCAGAUCCCCCGACCCUACCGCUACUGCGGGCCCUGUUAAUGAGACCUCGGAGAACCAGAGAGUUGUUAAAGAUGAUGUCAGUGUCGCGGCUGAGAGCGAUGACGAUGACGAUGAUGACGACGACUCUGGAGAGUUCGAGGUCAUGAGCGGGCAACAAGCCUUGGACAGGCAGAAGAUGGAUCAGCUUCAUAAGAUGGAGGUCGGUGAAGCAGCAGCAUUCAAGAUGAAGGUGGAUGAGGAACUUGAUGAAGAAGAUGAUACCCCCUCAGCCCCGAAAGCCACAUCAUAGAAGAUGAAGGGCAAGCAGAAACUAGGAACAGACAAUAACAAGCAUAAGAAUAGCACAGGAGAUGAAAUUGCCGAAAGCAACGACAAAUCCUCCCAGGAGAAUAACCAGCUUCCUCAAGUUACUCAGCUAGAUUCAGCAGCAAAAGGAGGUCUCUCAUCUCUAGAAGAAGAAGGCGACACGACCGAACUGCAACAUCUAGAUGAUUUACAAAAGCGUAUGCUCAACGUUGAUAUAGGGUUUCACUUAUCGCGUGGAGCUUGGUAGGAAAUAGCGCCCCAAGAGCAUGGGGCUUCGAUGCAUUCUCGGGCCGAAAACAAACAGCCCAAAGUUCCCAGCAAUUCAAAAAGCGAGGACAAAGAAGGACCUUCUAGUCCACCCUUCGAAGCACUGGAUGCUGCUUCGAAGGCUACACAGAUUCCUUCAGGCCGCCCGAUUCCUACGUCGCCCACAGGAGACCAAGCACCAAGUACCCAAGACAAAGGCUCAUCUAUCGGGUUGGAGAAUCUCAAAUCUCCACCGAACACACGAUUUCCUUCGGGGGACUUGCCAAGGGGAGAUUCUGAGGAAGAGGUCCAAGAUAAUGACCAAUCUGGUAGUGGCGAUGGUGAUGGCGAUGGUGAUAGUAAUAACAACAACAACAACGAAGAGAAUGAUAAUGAACCACCCAACGUGGCAGAAGCGAGGACCCGUCCCAGCAGGUAGUCAUUGUGGGCAAGUGGCUUCAGAAGUUGCUUCAGAAGUUGCUGCAGCGCAUGCAUUGAGUCGUCCCAGCAUUGGCGUCUAUGUUAGGCUCACGGUCUGAUAAGAUCAUGCAUUGAUGAUUAUACAGUGGCUCUUGUGGAUUUUAAUAGCGCUUCGAAAUGAUAUUACACAGCGAUAGACGGGUUUCAGUUCUUAGCUAUCUGAUACGUAUUAGGGUUGAAAUUCAUAUGAUGUUUGGGAUCGUAACUAAUGGCCGUGCGCCGAGGUCGGUGAUUCAAAUCUAGUUAUUAUGCAUGUG